AUGGAUAAACAGCGACGCUACCGUCGUCAUGAAGGUCUCGGCCACGCACGCCUCUCAAUCAUAGAUUUUUCGCCAACGGGCCUUCAACCCUUACACAGUGAAGAUGAGAAAAUCCACGUCGUCGUGAACGGCGAGAUUUACGACCACUUCGGCAUCCGCGGCCGCUGUACCACCGAGUUCGAUUACAACUUCUCCGGGAGGAGCGACAGUGAAGUCAUCCUGGCUCUGUACCAACACCACGGAGUUCGCGGGCUCUUUAAGCACCUGCGUGGCGAAUUCGCCUUCGUCUUAUACGGUGAGCGAUCCGGUGAUGUUAUCGCCGCGAGGGACCGUUUCGGCAUCAAGCCUCUUUUCUGGACAUACAGUAGCGAGACGCCGGCCAAACUCUUGAUCGCCUCGGAGAUCAAGGGGUUUCUGCCCAUGGGGUGGGGGCCCGAGUGGGACGUCGAUGCCAUCUGCAGCGGUGCGGCGGUUCUAGGCGAAGGUACGCUGUUCAAGGGAGUGAAGAAGGUGUUGCCGGGGCAUUGGGUGCAGUUCGGUCGAGACGGGAGCGUGACGCAGCAUCGGUAUUGGGAUGCCGAGUAUGCGGAUAAGACCGUCAAAGAGACACGCAGUAUGGAUGAGAUGGUCGACGGAGUUCGCGAGCGCUUAGUAGAUGCCGUACGCCUCCGCCUCCAAGCCGAUGUCCCCGUCAGCAUCUAUCUUUCAGGUGGUCUCGACUCGUCCAUUGUGGCUGGUAUAACAACGCAGCUCGUACGAGAAAGAGGAGUGAAGCUGGGGAACCAGGAUAUUAAAAAUAGGAUCACUUGCUUGAGCAUCUCCUUUGCUUCUGAUUCCCAGUAUAACGAAUACGACAUUGCAGAACGCACAGAAGAAUGGCUAGACUUGAACACUGUAAAAAAAGUUAUGGACGAGGAAGAACUAGCAAAGCACUUCGCCGACUCCGUAUACCACACCGAGCACCACCACUUCGACAUGAACAGCGUCGGGAAGUACGCCCUCACAGAGCUACCUCGCCAGCAAGGGAUCCCCGUUGUGCUGACGGGUGAAGGGGCAGAUGGGCACUUUGCAGGGUACCUAUUCCUAGUCUCCGACUUCAUACGUGAGCCCGACGAUGCCUUGCCGUUGAUGGAGCUAACGAAGGAUACCGAGCUUCGGGAAGCGCUAAACGAGUCCGCCGCAGCGCAGUUGCGAAGCAUGUACAAAGGGAUGGGCAUGUUUGAUCACUCCCGAACGGAAGAAAGCACCGGCUUCGACUCUCUCGCAGGCUUGGACGUCUUCAUGGUCCAAUGGCGAGGCUUUCUCUCAUCGGACGUGUUUCUCCCCUGGGUGAGAGAAAAACAGAACACACUCAGCGUCUACGAAGCGAUCCUCAACUCCGUCCCCCCAGACGCCCAGGAGAAGAUUCGAACGCGCUGA